AGGGAAGGGCAACUAUGCCUUGGUGCAAGGUGUCAGACCGGUGCGAGAAACGAAGUUGUUACUAAUUUAUAACAAAAUUUGACCGACCUCCACUGGAUUCAAAAUGAUGCGCUUUCUCUUGCUCUUCAGCCGGCAGGGGAAGCUUCGGCUCCAGAAGUGGUUCACGCCCCUCGGGGAGCGCGAGAAGAAGAAGAUUGUGCGCGACAUGACCAUGAUGGUGCUCCCCCGACCACCCCGCUCCUGCAACUUCCUGCUCUGGAGGGACCUGAAGAUAGUUUACAAGAGGUAUGCCAGCCUGUACUUCUGCUGUGGCUUGGAGCCCCAGGACAAUGAGUUGCUGGCCCUGGAGGUGCUGCACCGAUAUGUGGAGCUCCUAGACAAGUACUUUGGCAAUGUUUGUGAGUUGGAUAUCAUCUUUAACUUUGAGAAAGCUUACUUCAUUCUGGACGAAUUCCUUAUGGGGGGCGAGGUGCAGGAGACGUCUAAGCUUUCAGUAGCCAAAUCUAUGGAGGAGUCUGACUUGCUGCAGGAGACAAUGGAGGAAUACAUGAGCAAACCCACCUUUUGAAAUGUGAAAAAGGGAACCACGACACUGAAACUCCAUAGAAGUAAACUUGAAGAAAUAUUGGUAAUGGAAAGACAGCACAAAGACAUUGCCACAACAUUUAUAUGUUAAUGUGUGCUUUUUUGCACACCCUUACAAACUUCUCUUAAGGCUGCUAAAAUCUCAUACUGGCUAAUCUCGUCCUCCUUGUUGUAAGUCAGGCUUGUUGUAAGUCUUGUUGUAACGGCCUGUAAAGAUGUUAUUAACAAAUAAUGUAUCUUUUUUCUGUACUUUGUUGUCAUUUUAAAGCCUGUUUUGUAUGUCACCAGAAAUGAAGUUAAGAUAACUAUAGCUAUACAUAGUUACUGUAUCGAUUGUGAUAGCUAUCUGCUGUUAAGAUCCAAAUCCUUAGUGACAUUACAUGUAGCAUUAAAUGUAACAUUAAAUGUAAUAUUCUGCAUGUAAUUAUAAUUAUGGCUAUCACCAGACAUGAUAAUCACAAUAAUGUCAAUUGAUUCAGCUGCUCUGCACAUGCAUAAUCACCACCAUUGUUCUUCUGCAUCACCAUUUCACCUAAAGCAUUCCACUUUUAUCAAUCUGAUAUAUUUGUAUAUUUACUGAGAAACAGGCAGUAAGUACAUUUUUAAGUGGGUGUACAAGAUUCCAUUUUCAGUUUGAAUGGUAUUGAUUUACAGUACUCAAAUGUCCUUCCAAGCAGAGCAUUGGACCAGCAGAGAAGGGGUUAUUUU